GUGAGAGAGAGAGAGAGAGAGAAUGAGAGAGGGGUAAACAGAAUGAGAAGCUGUGAAGCCUGUGAAGAGUGGGGGGUGGGGGGGUCAGUGGGAGGAGGGAAACUCUGCUUCUCCUAAUAAAGCGAGCGUAUGUGAAAGGAGGUGCUGAGAAACACUAGAGUAAGCAGAGAGCUGUCGUACCAGAGAAAGACAGAGAGUGAGAGAGAGAGUGAGAGAGAGAGAGAGGGCCAGGAACAGAGACAAAUAAAAGAGAGAGAGAGGGGGAGAGAGCAGGGAGAAAGAAUAGAAAGAGCAUUGUGUUGUGGUGAUAGUGAGACCCAUGUCCGCACAAAGAGAGAUGAAAGAGAAGAACCCCUGGCACAAACCCCUGACCAUCCUAAUCACCGUGAUCGGCAUCGUAGCGAUCGUUGCCCUGGUAACAGUAGCGGUGGUGCAAAACAAGCCCCUCCACCCAAAGUAUAAGUAUGGUAUUGUACUGGACGCUGGCUCCUCCCAUACAGCUGUGUAUAUUUACAAGUGGCCUGCAGAGAAGGAUAACGACACGGGAAGAGUUGAACAGAUGACAUCCUGCAAAGUGAAAGGUCCAGGGAUCUCCAGUUAUAAUUCCGCCCCACACCAGGCAGGCGAGUCUCUGAAAGAGUGUAUGAGGAAGGCAGAGCACUUGGUGCCUAUUAACAGGCACCACGAGACCCCCCUCUACCUAGGAGCUACGGCCGGCAUGAGACUUCUCAAUAUGGAAGACACCUCUAUGUCUGACAAGGUGUUGAAGGCCGUGGGUGCAGCCUUGCAGGAGUUCCCCUUCUCCUACCAGGGAGCCAGGAUCCUCAGCGGCCAGGAGGAGGGAGCCUUCGGCUGGGUCACUGUCAACUACUUGAAUGACAGCCUUCUACAGGGCUUGCCUACCACAGGUGCCCUCGACCUUGGUGGAGCCUCCACUCAGAUCAGCUUUGUACCCGACCACCAGGACGGCUCUGAGUCACCAAAGAACUCAGUGACCUUCCGGCUUUACGGCAACGACUACAACCUGUACACUCACAGCUUCCUGUGUUACGGCAAAGACCAAGUGCUCCGACUGGCACUGGAACAGCAGAUUAAGUCAGGUCCAGGGGUGUUGACUGAUCCUUGUUUCCACCCGGGCUACAGUGAAACAAAAUCUUACGCCUUUCUCUAUGACAGUCCAUGUGUCUCCGACAAGAAACCCCUGUCGACUUCUCACGCGGGCUUCUUGCACAGCGGGAAAGGAAACUUCUCACAGUGCCAACAAGUGAUCAGGAGUGUUUUCAACUUCUCCCACUGCAGUUACAGCCGGUGCGCCUUCAAUGGGAUCUUCCAGCCACAUUUGCAGGGGUCUUUUGGUGCCUUCUCUGCGUACUACUUUGUGAUGAACUUCCUAAAUCUCACCGAUACCUCAGUUCCACUGGAAACCAUCAAGGAAAAACUUGCACAAUACUGCGCUACCCCUUGGUCACAGAUACUGCAGCAGCAUCCGAAAAUAAAGAUGAAGUAUCUGGCCGAGUACUGUUUCUCUGGCACGUACAUCCUCACCCUGCUGACCGAGGGAUUCCGCUUCACCUCGAAGACUUACCCAAACAUCGCCUUCGUCAAGGAGAUAAAAACAACAGAAGUUGGCUGGACGUUGGGCUACAUGCUGAACCUGACAAACAUGAUACCAGCAGAGGCUCCUGACACCCCCCUUCUGCCCCAUGCCGGCUACGUGACCUUCCUCACCAUCAUCUCACUGGUGCUGGUGGUCCUGUUUGCCAUCAGCCUGUGGGCCCUAUGGCCCUGCUGCUCCAAGGAACUGCAGAUCGUAUAAACACACUGUGAUGGAUGGAAUGUUGUCGGAUGAUGAGGCAGGUUUAGAGAGAGAGAGUGUGUGUGUGUGUGUAUGUGUGUGAAAUAUUGGUCCUGGAAGGAGAAAUCUGAGUCUUUGGUCACCCCUCUCCCACUGGGAACUCAUACUGCAGGUCAUCCAAAGUCAACAGCACGGCUGGCUCUUUCAGAGAAUCAGUGUCUUGCUAAUGGACACCUCAACUGGCAGCAACAGGAUGCCUACUGUCACAGGAAUCGAACCCAGGCCCUCCAAACAAGCAGUAGUCUCCUUACCUGUCAUUCCACUCUGCCCUGUGUGUGUGUGUGUGUGUGUGUGUGUGUGUGUGUGUGUGUGUGUGUGUGUGUGUGUGUGUGUGUGUGUGUGUGUGUGUGUGUGUGUGUGUGUGUGUACGUACAUGUUUGUUGUGCAUUGGAGUGUUUCUGUGCGUUUCAAAAUGUGUCCGCAUGUAUGUUCUUGAAUUGUGAUGUGAAUAUCAUAUUAAAAAAGUAC